ACAUUUCUAAAUGCUUAUAUUUGUUGGUUUUGGUUCUGUUGUUUCUCGCUCUUCUCUCAUGGUUUCUCUUUCUCUUUUCCUUGUUGGAUUCCUUGUUUUGUCUUGUGGGGCGAUUGCAGUGCAAAGAAAUUUGAAUGAGAGUGAAAUUGUGAUGGAAGAAGGGGAGCUUUUGGGGCUUUUUGAUGUUAUAGGUUCACUUCUUGAUGAACCUGGUUGGGCUGAAGUUCAUCCAGAGCCAUGCACGGACACUCCAUGGCCUGGUAUUGAAUGUGAGAUUGGUCAAGACCCUCCAAUCUUUCAUGUUACGACUAUUCACAUUGGCCUUGAUGUUGCUACCCCACCUUGCCAACCUUCUGCUAAAAUAUCAGAUUCCUUGCUCAAACUACCUUAUCUGAGAACUCUAUCUAUUUUUAACUGUUUUGUAACUUCACCAGUUACGCUUUCUCCUGCAUUAUUUGGUGCACUGUCUUCCUUGGAACAUCUAUCACUUCAGUCAAAUCCAUUUCUAUCUGGAGAGGUUCCUCCAAGCUUGGGGAAUAUUUCUAGGCUAAGGGUCCUGAGCCUGUCACAGAACAAUCUACAAGGAAAUAUCCCCCGUGAGCUUGGUGGAUUAGCCAACUUGGAGCAGUUUGACCUGAGUUACAACAAUCUAAGUGGUGAAAUUCCUGAAGAGAUUGGAGGACUGAAAAGUUUAAAAAUUUUGGACUUAAGCUCGAAUGACCUUGAAGGGCCGGUACCAUUUGCUUUGGGUCAGCUUGAACUUCUUCAAAAAGUUGAUUUGAGCUCAAACAGCAUUCAUGGAAGGAUACCUCCAGAAUUGGGGAAGCUAAACAGGUUGGUUUUGCUUGACUUGAGCCAUAACUUCAUCAAUGGGCCAAUCCCUGAGACUCUCUCAGAUUUGGAGCAGCUACAGUAUUUAAAUUUUGAUUACAAUCCCAUAAAUUCAUUGAUUCCCUUAUUUGUGGGGUCCCUCAAGAAGCUUACAUCAAUCAGCUUCUCAGGAUGUGGGUUAAUAGGCCCAAUGCUCAACUCCUUGUCUUCAUUGAAGAAUCUCACUGCUCUUUCUCUAGACAACAACAGUCUCACGGGGACAAUUCCUCCAAAUUUAGGAUCACUUCCAAAUCUAGACGAGCUUAACUUGAGUCACAACAAGCUAAGUGGGGAGCUACUCCUCUCAGAGAUGUUUAUUAAGAGGCUUGGAAAUAGGCUGGAUGUUAGAGGAAAUAGUGGGCUAUGCACAAGCUACAAACUAUUCAGGAGGAACAUCUCCACGUAUCUACAAAUCCCGGUUUGUUUGGGCACAGAAGGAAUAGUUGACAACGUAACUUGUCCUAAAGAACAGCCGGGUGAUUUCAAGCCAAGGAUCCACAGUUCACGUGCUCCUGCCCAAGAUCCACAGUUCAUUUCAUCAUGUUUUGUUCUUUUUCACAUGCUUUCCCUUUUGUAAACAUUUCUACUAUAUCCUGUCAACUUUUAUGUUGUCUAAUGAAAAUUAAAGUAAGCCUAAUUUAAACUGAACAGGUAAAUGAAAAAACUAUAUAUAUGAUGUUUGGUAUUGCCAUUGAUGGGUCAUUUUCUUAUCGAAAAGAUG